GAGAAGCGAGACGAAGGAAAUAUUAUUGGUAAAAUGACAGAUUCUGGGAAAACAAAAGACUUGUAUACGAUAAGGGAUGUCACGCACGAUUUCAUCGUCACGGUCCAUGGACGCGGACAGGUUCUCCUCAUAGGUCUUGGUGUAGAUGGUAACAUCCGGGCGGUUCCCACUGAUAACAGCAGUGCUGAUGGGAUCUGUGUCUCUCUGUUACAGCUCACCCUCACUGAGAAUGGGGGCAUGGUACUGGCCCCAGCCAACCUUGACCUCAGCUGUACUAUAAAUAGCGAGGACCUCACGGGGGAAAUCAACCUCAUAAGUGAAAAUUCCCAAAAGAAAAUCGAAACAAACAAACCGAUUAAAAAAUGUUCAAAUGCAAAAAAACCCUGCCCUAUAGACGUCGCAGACAGGACCCUUAGGAUAUAUCAGGGAGGUGUCCCAAGCCGUAAACUACCCCCUACCCCAGGGAUCACAGUCAAGUCCUCACCCCCACCUAAACCCAAGAGAGAGGGGGAGAUAAUACUGGAAGGGGAAAAAGAAAAGGAAAAGACACCAGUGCCAUUCAUAGAUCCUGAACUCCUGAUCAACAUCAAAUCAACAGAGAAGGUGAGAGUAUUAUAAUUAUAGACCCUGAACUCCUGAUCU